GAUCAAGGAGCUCGUGAGAUCUUUUUACAGUUUUUUUUGUUCUCCUCUUUUUUAGACUGGAAUGAUGCUGGAUAUUUUGAGUUUUUGGUUGGGAGAAACAUCUCAGUAGCUCCACAUUCGGGUGUUUUUCUUACUUUUGCUGGAAAAUAUGAUAUUUGUGAGUUUCAUUUUAUGGGAUGAAUACAUUUAGGUUUGUUUUAUGCCCUUUUCGUUAGGAUGCAGGCAUCUUGAUAGGGAUCAGAGAUGUUUGGAGAAGAUCUUGGCCCAUGCGCACACGCCUGACGCACCCAUGGAGAGCUUUUUCAACCAAAGCGACUCACCGUGGCAGGUGAACGAAUCCAGCUGGUUCAACCUGAGCGUCCCGGGCGGGCAGAACCAGACGAACCCCCUGAAGAGGAACGAGGAGGUAGCGAAGGUGGAGGUGACGGUGCUGGCUCUGGUGCUCUUCCUGGCGCUGACCGGCAACCUGUGCGUCCUGGCCGCCAUCCACAGCGCCAAGCACAGCCAGUCCAGAAUGUACUACUUCAUGAAGCACCUCAGCAUCGCGGACCUGGUGGUGGCCGUCUUCCAAGUUCUUCCCCAGCUCAUCUGGGACAUCACUUUCCGCUUCUACGGCCCGGAUCUGGUGUGCAGGCUGGUGAAGUACCUGCAGGUGGUGGGCAUGUUCGCCUCCACGUACAUGCUGGUGCUCAUGUCCGUGGAUCGGUGCCUCGCCAUCUGCCAGCCUCUGCGCUCCUUGCACAGGAGAAAGGACCGCUUCUACGUGGUGUUCUCCUGGAGCCUCAGUAUGCUCCUCAGCGUUCCGCAGAUGUUCAUCUUCUCCCUAACGGAGGUGGGCUCAGCCGGUUCCGGGGUGUACGACUGCUGGGGGGACUUCGUUGUGCCCUGGGGGGCCAAGGCGUACAUCACGUGGAUCAGCCUGACCAUCUACAUCAUCCCGGUGGCCAUACUGAGCAUCUGCUACGGCUUGAUCAGCUUCAAGAUAUGGCAGAACUUCAAGCUGAAGACCAGGAGGGAGCAGUGCAUCAGCCUGACGCCCAAAGGCGGCAAAGGGGGCAGCACGCUGGCGCGCGUCAGCAGCGUCAAGCUCAUCUCCAAGGCCAAGAUGACCACCGUCAAGAUGACCUUCGUCAUCGUGCUGGCUUACGUCGUCUGCUGGACCCCCUUCUUCUCGGUGCAGAUGUGGUCGGCCUGGGACCCGGCGGCCCCCCGCGAGGCCACGCCCUUCAUCAUCUCCAUGCUGCUGGCCAGCCUGAACAGCUGCUGCAACCCGUGGAUCUACAUGUGCUUCGCGGGUCACCUCUUCCACGACCUGCGCCAGAACUUCCUGUGCUGCUCGGCGCGCUACCUCAAGUCGUCGCGGUGCCGCUGCGAGCGCGACUUUGACUCCAGCCACAAGAGCAACUCGUCCACCUUUGCCAUCAAGAGCACCAGCAGCCAGAGGAGCAUCACGCAGACGUCCACCACAUGAAUCCCACGCUGGCGUCAGACAACAUCGGUCGUCACGACGACUAUGGACCUAUGGACCUAAAGGAAUGUCGUUUUUAGAGCUUUAUUCCGAGCGUACAUAUGAUAAAAAUAAGGCCACAACAUUAGGUACGGCUGCAAAAUCAACACAAGAAUAAAGAAUCCGCAUUGUUGUACUCUGUCACUUGUAGAUGUGCUUUGUAGCGUCCAUGUGAAGAUAUGGACUAUACUGUAUAUGUAUACUGUACAUACAUUUACAAAAUAUGUUGUUUAUGUACAAGAAUAAAGUAGUAUAUUUACAAAAAAGUCACAAAUUUACAAGAAAAAAUCAUAAAAUUACAAGAAAAAAUCAUAAAAUUACAAGAAAAAUUCAUAA